AUGUCUUCCCUUCUUUUCGCUAUCGGCCUCAUCGCCGGCUUCGCCCAGGCCUACACCCAGGUCAACGUCGCCAACCCCUUCAUGACCAAGAACAUUGAUCCCAUCGUCUUCCCCGGCCAGUACGAUAAGUCUCACUUGCACUCCUUCUUCGGCUCCGACGCCGUCACCGCCAACACGAAGACCAGCGCCGAGCUCCAGAAGGGCUGCACCAAUGCCGAGAACCCCAACGACUUGUCUGUCUACUGGAUCCCCACGCCACUGUACACCACCGACGGAGGCAAGACCUACAAGCCCAUGCCUCUCUUCCGCUUCAGCGCCUACUACAACCUCGGCGAGACCGAGGCCGAGGUCGCCAUCCCCCAGAACCUCCAGAUGGUCGCCGGCAAGGCCACCGCCACCACCGAGGCCGAAAUGCCCGCCGACGCCCAGUCCUCCUGGGCCUGCGAGAACGACGGCGGCAGCACCGACGCAAACGGCUUCCCUGCUUCCACCUGCGGCACCCACCUCCAGCAGCUCCUCUACUUCCCCCAGUGCGUCAACACCGAGACCCUCGAGACCGCCUACAAGAACAAGCGCGGAGGCAGCUGCCCCUCCGGCAUGAAGUCCAUGCCCCAGCUCCGCUUCUCCAUCCGCUACGACCUCCGCAAGGUCCUCCCGAAUGGCUGGAGCGGCACCGCGCCCUUCAAGCUCGCCUGCGGUUCCGCCUGGUGCUCUCACGGCGACUUCAUCAAUGGAUGGACCCCGGAGGCCGCCACCAAUAUGCUCGCCACCACCAAAGAGAAGAUGAAGUUUUCCGCUGUGAACGGUAAACUCGGCGACUACAAAGCUGGCACUACCUGCAAGGCCACCGACGCCGACCCUUCCCACGGCACCAGUGACUACGCCAAGAGCGUUGCCGCCAUGGGCAAGCGCGACGUUGAGUCCUGGGGUUGGUCCACCAAGUCGCGUUUCGUUCGCGUAUAA